AUGCUUCGCUUAAUCUCUAUUGCCGUGUUUGCCUUGAUGGGCUUCUCCUCUGUUGCCAAUGCCGCCCCCACUCAUGCCAAUGCAAUGGCCAUGAACGAAUCUCCCUCUGCCUCGGCCUCUGCUACUCUCAUGAAUUGGAGCCAAAAGAAUAUCGAAGACAUUCUUUCUGCCCGUCUUGCUGAAGCCAUGGACAAGGAUACCACAUUCAUGGUCAAGCGUGCUGAUGAACCUAUCAGCUUAGAUACUUUGUUUAGAGGUUUAUUUGACAACAUCAUCAACCACAUCAUUGAGGUUACUCCCUUGAACGACAUUGUCCAUGGAAAUUACGACUUUUUGUAUCAGCUCUUUUUGGCCAAGGUUCAAGAAAUCAUUACUGGUGUUACAAGUGGCGAUGCCCCUGCUCCAUCUGACGAAGGUGACAGUGAAUUUGACGAAAAUGAUGAGGUCGAUGAUGAAGAUGAGGACAGCGACGAUAACGAGGAUGAUGAGGACGAUGAGGAUGAUGAUCACAAGGACUGGAAACACAAAUACGAUGACGAUGACGAGUAA